CUAUACGAACUUCUUGGCGCAGUAAGUGCAAUGAGCGCUGUUACGUUUGAAGCAGUGAACGGCUACAGUAACAUGUACUGGGGAUGGGGCGGCGAGGACGAUGACAUGGCAGAGCGUCUGCAGAGCAUCGGCGUACGCAUUGUACGCAGCGCAGACGUGGUCGGACGUUACACCACGCUCGCCCACCAUCCGCAGAUCAGGAGUUUGGCCAGAUGGGAUAUACUAGAUCGAGCUUUGAGAAGGAAGGAUUUUGAUGGCCUGGGUAGUUUACAUUAUACAAGAUUAGCUCUGAAGCAAACCAGCCUUAUGACUCAUAUAUUGGUUGACCUAGUGUCAACUAACUGAUCAGAACUAUCAUAUCGAACGACUGUAUACCCUGCAAAAACUAAGUAUUUUUUAUCUUUAUAAAACUGAAAAUAUUAAUAAUAUAAACCUUUUGAUUGAUGUGAAAAAUUGAAAUUCAUUUAUUUAGUAUUUAUUCGUUUGAAUGUUUCGUUUUAAUUCGUAUACGUGUUUUGAGAAGAAAAGAAGACAGCAAUCUCAAUCAAGUGUUGAAAAGAAGUUUCUGUUUCUGUUUAUCAGAGAUUGACAAUGGUGUAAUAACCGAAACCAGUCUUUCUAAUUAUCAAUAAAUCAGUCGUUUUUUUGACAAUUUCUUAGUCUUUUUCAUUCAAUAUGUUGAAAAGAAAUGCAGAAGAACGACGACCGAGAGGAAGACCACGACGGAAAUGGUGGAGUCAAGUGAAGGCCGAUAUGGAGAGAAUUGGAGCAACCGAGGAGGACGCGGAGAAUCGAGAGAAGUGGAGGGGCUUUGUUGGUGCUGCUAAAUAUAUACUUAGAUAUGUAUGGCCAUGGCAGUAAAUAAGUAAGUAUUAAUUCGUAUGGCUUUUAUCGGCAAAGAGACCUUCUUGGAUGCUCUGCCUUGCAGUAUUACCCAAUGUCUUUUCUUAUUUACUCAUAAUUUUAUGCAAUAAUUAUUUACUCAUAAAUAGCAUGCAAACUUGCAAUCAAUACUCAAGUUGAAGCAAAUCUUUUUCAAUAUUUUCUAUUGUAUUCUGCAAUGUUUAGAGUAUUUCUCAUUCUGAGAUUUCAAUAUUCAUCUUCACU